UUCUAGCGGACUGCAUACACUGGCCGUUAUAUAGAUUCUGGUGUAUUGAUAUUUAUACACCAGUUUUUUAUAUAUAUUUUUUUUACCUUUACAAGAAUACCGUUUGCAGUCAAUGUUCCUUUUCUAUGACGAAAUAUACUUGAUUUUUGGUUCAACAGUUGCUUUGUGAACUAUAGUUUAAGGAAUAUUUCGUACGUAAUUUAAAAGGAAAAGAAACUUAAUGCGGUUUUAUAUUCUAGUCUCAUUUUGACAAUCAAAAGAUCGAUAAUGGAAAAAUAAUGACGCACUCUAGCGGCAGAUUGGGAGAAUCAUAUCUACCAACUCAUAGCGUGUUAAACAAGUUAACAUAGGUAAGGAAGUGCCAGCAUCAUUCAUCAGUUUUAUCAUGUUUGUAGUGAGUUUUAUUAAAAAAUUAAAAUAGUUCUAAUAACCUAAUUGGUCUUGUACGAGUUGUUUUAAAUUUAAAGUUUACUUGAGAAACUCGAAUAUGGAAGAGAAUAUCCAAGAGCAAAAAAGUAUAGUUUCACCACUUCAAUAAAUCAUCGAAACAGAAACCUAAACAGAGAAUAAUAUUUCAUUAUUGAAAACUGUCUCCAUAUUUAGUUGUUAGCUAACCCUAGUGGUGGUCAAUAACGUUUGAUGGACAGUCACAUCACGUGUAAGAAGCCAUGCGGGAGUAUAAGCUUGUAGUCCUUGGUGCUGGUGGAGUAGGGAAGACAUCGCUGGUAGUCCAAUACCUAGAAGGUUUCUACUCAUCUACUUACAAACCUACAGUGGAGGAUUACUACCGACAUACCAUGCAAAUGCCUGAUGGGAUUUUUCACACAGUAGAAAUACUGGACACUUCCGGAUCUCACCACUUUCCCGCCAUGAGAGAACUCAGCAUUCGAUCGGGCCGAGGAUUCGUGCUUGUCUUUAGCGUAAACGAUCUUCAGUCUUUCCACGAAGCACUCCAUCUAUGGGAUCUUAUCUCAAAAUCCCGAGGUCCUGAAGUCCCUGUGAUUCUCGUUGGAAACAAGUCAGACCUGACUGCUGAGCGGAAGGUGCAGAAAGAGAAAGCACAGCAGACUGCGAAAGAUGUAAUGAACAACUGUCGGUAUAUUGAAACUAGCGCCAAGUACAACCUGAAUGUCUCGGACCUUUUUCAAGAAUUAUUGCUACAGGCUAAGGCGAAGGAACAACCCCCCAACCCUGACCCAUCAGACCGUCGAUACUCAAGACGUCUGAGUCGACGUCUUAGUUCUCUGGGUUCUUUGCCCGGGCUCAGUCUCAGACGCAGGUCCAGCGCUUCGAGAAUUUCGACCAAUGGCGACUCAAAGAGGCAAACCCAGAAAUGUAUUUUGUUGUAAAAUAAAGAAUACAAGCUGAAAAUUUAAAGAGAAUUAAAAUAUAUCCGCAAGAUUAAGAACUCAUAACUUCGACGAGUAUCGUCUAAAUUCAAGGGAAGAGUAAAAGGAAGUUCUAAUUACGUUUCUCGUGAAAUUUACACGAGGUUAUGAUUACACACGGGUUAAAGAAUAAGUAACGUGUUUUUGUUUUUUUUAAUUUAAUAGAAUCGUAUUAUUCGAAAGCGUGUGAGAAAGUAUCGUGAA